AUGACCGCCGUCACCGAGUUUGUGUUCUUCCGCGUCAAGCCCUCUGUCAAGCCCGAGGAGGGCGAGCAGAACCGCGAGGGCGAGCAGCUUCUCGACCUCUUCCGGGAGACGAUUCUGCAGAGCGGCCAUCUAGGUUCAGCCUGGGGUCGGACGUUGGAGGAUGAGAAUGUACUUGUCUGGGUUAUCGAUUGGGCCGAUGCAUACUGCACUACCUCACUGUCCCGUCUCGAGCCCUUCGUCGACAACAACAAAGACGACCCGGCAACCCUCACCAACAUCUUCUCUACUCUCUCCCCCGCCAUCUCCGAAACAGACACUCUCACCACCAACCCGGUCACCGAACUCGUCACGCUCGCCGUGCCCAGCGACCUCUCCCCCGAGCAGCACCGCCAAUUCAACAUCGACCAGACCGCCUUCCAGGCCGCGGGGCUCACCAACCCCUCCACACCCGAGGAUUCGAGGGCUCUGACUUGGGCCCGAGGACAGGUUGAGCGUCCGUCGAUGUUUGAUCAUCCCGGUAGCGGGUCCGGCAAGGUUGUUGUUCAUCUUCACGCCGUUGGGUGGAGGGGCAAGGAACACCAUGCGGCGUUUAGAGAGACGCAGGCGUUUGCGGACACGAUUGUGCCGCUGAGAAAGGUGGCCUUGUCGCCGGCUGUCAAGGGGCUGGAGAUGAAGCAUGUCAAGUUUCAGAAGAUUGGGUUUUGA